GGAAGGGCUGUGGCGAAUGAAUUUCUGGCAAGUGGGUAGGAAAUUGCUCCUCUGCACAGCCUGACGCCGUGGGCAGGCAGCGAGACCGAGAGUAUAAGAAGUCCGGGCUGGGCCGGCGGCAGAACCCCGGUGCGCCGCAGAAGACAUGGCCAGCUGCCUAGGAGCCCGCGGGAACUGGAGGCCUCGGGGAGUCUUCGGAGCCGCCCAGCUUCUCUGCCUCAGCGCCCUGAUCUCCGAGCUGACGGGCCAGCACGGCGCGGCGGCGUGGACCUACAACUACAGCAGCAGCGCCUACUCGUGGAACUCCUCCCGCCUGUUCUGCCAGCGGUUCUUCACGGACCUGGUGGCCAUCCAGAACAAAGACGAGAUCGCCUACCUGAACGACGUCCUGCCUUACUACAAAGACUACUACUGGAUCGGGAUCCGGAAGAUCAAUAACAACUGGACCUGGGUGGGGACCAAAAAGACCCUCACCAAGGAGGCUGAGAACUGGGCCGACAACGAGCCCAACAACAAGAAGAACAACCAGGACUGCGUGGAGAUCUACAUCAAGAGCGUGUCGGCCCCCGGCAAGUGGAACGACGAGCCGUGCGGGAAGAGGAAGCGGGCGCUGUGCUACACAGCCUCCUGCCGGGACCCGGCCUGCAGCCGACAAGGGGACUGCAUCGAGACCAUCGGGAACUACACCUGUUCCUGCUACCCCGGCUUCUACGGACCGGACUGCGAAUACGUCAGGGAGUGCGGGGCCCUGGAGCUCCCCCAGCGCGUGCUCAUGAACUGCAGCCACCCCCUGGGAAACUUCUCCUUCCACUCACAGUGCAGCUUCCGCUGCGCCGACGGGUACACCCUGGACGGAGCCCGAGAGCUGGAGUGCUUGGCUUCCGGAACCUGGUCCAACAAGCCCCCGCGCUGUGUGGCCACCCCGUGCCCGCCGCUGCGGCCCCCCGAGCGAGGCAGCGUGCGCUGCCUGCCCGCUGCGGGUGCGCCCCCCGGCCAGUCCAGCUGCAACUUCAGCUGCGAAGAGGGAUCCGUCCUGGUGGGGCCGGAGCUGGUGCAGUGCACGGCCUCGGGGGUGUGGACGGCCUCGCCCCCCGUGUGCAGAGCCGUUGCCUGCGAGCCCCUGGCAAGUCCCCCCAAUGGAAGCGUGGCCUGCUCCCCAUCCGCAGGACCAUUCCAGUACAACGCCAGCUGCAGCUUCCGCUGUACGGACGGCUUCGUGCUGAGCGGAGCCGACACGGUUCGGUGUGCCGGCACGGGGCAGUGGACAGCGCCAGCCCCAGUCUGCCAAGCUCUGCAGUGCCAGGGUCUGCGGGCUCCGGACAGGGCCUGGAUGAGCUGCGCCCACCGCUUCGGUGCCUUUCAGUACCAGUCCACCUGCAGCUUCGCCUGUGAGGAAGGCUCAGCCCUGGUGGGCGCCAGCGAGCUACAGUGCCUGGCAACGGGGGCCUGGAGCGCGCGCCUUCCGGAGUGCCGAGCUGUUACCUGCACACCGCUGCCAAGCCCAAAGAAUGGGACGGUGACCUGUGACCAGCCUCUGGGACAUUCCACUUACAAGUCCACUUGUCACUUCACCUGUGAUGAGGGAUUCUCUCUCACGGGACUACAAAGACUGGACUGCACUGCAUCUGGACACUGGACAGGCUUCCCACCGACGUGUGAAGCCAUCAGGUGCCCAGAACUACUCGCCCCAGAGCGGGGCAGGCUGAAUUGUUCCGACACGCGCGGGGAAUUCAACGUGGGCUCCACCUGCCGCUUCUCCUGCCACGAGGGCUUUCGGCUGGAGGGGUCUGACAGCGUCACAUGCGCAGCGUCUGGGAGAUGGACGGCAGCCCCGCCGACCUGCGAAGGGGCAGCGGUGGCUCCCACGCCAGCAGUGCGAUGCCCGGCCCUCGUCACUCCGGAGCAGGGCACCGUGUCCUGCAGACACCGCCUGGCAGCCUUCGGGCCGGACACCACCUGUUCCUUCGGAUGCCAAGCCGGGUUCACACUCAGGGGAGAGAGGGAGCUCCGAUGCAGGCCGUCAGGACGGUGGACAGCAGCGGUGCCAGCCUGCACAGCUGUCAAGUGCCCUGAGCUGCCCGUUGUGGACCCGCUGCUGAUGAACUGCUCGGACCCUUGGGGACAGUUCAGCUAUGGGUCAGCCUGCACCUUCCACUGUCCAGAGGGACAACCGCUCGCUGGCUCGGCGAGGACAGCGUGCCUACACACAGGCCAGUGGUCCACGGCCGUGCCCACCUGCCAAGCGGGGCCUCUGACUGUCCAGGAAGCUCUGACUUACUUCGGGGGCGCAGUGGCCUCUGCCACGGGCUUGGCGAUCGGUGGGACCCUCCUGGCUCUGCUAAGAAGGCGCUGCAGGCAGAAAGAUGAUGGGAAAAGCCCGUUGAACCCUCACAGCCAACUGGGCACCUACGGAGUCUUCUCGAACGCUGCGUUCGACCCGGCCCCUUAAGGUAAGUCCCCGGUGACGACAUUUUUAAAGGGAGCAGAACGGUAGGGGGGAGGGGAAGCCUUGAAGCUUGACUUUUCUUUAUAUGAUCACGAGUUAAAUUUCACGCAUGUAUUAAGGUGUCAGGCCGUGAAGG